AUGGUAAACUCAAGCACUGACUCAUCACACAGCAUCACUCAGCCACCAUCACCCCCAACCACCUCCACCCCCACCUCAGAUAUGCAGCUCCCCAAGCGCCUCCACCAUCCUCCCCAACCCCUCUCCAUCAACCUCAAACCCCAUCACCCCAGGACACCACCAUCAUCCCCACCCCUGGACACCACCAUCCUCCCCAACCCCUCUCCAUCAACCUCAAACCCCAUCACCCCUGGCCACCACCAUCCUCCCCACCCCUGGACACCACCAUCCUCCCCAACCCCUCUCCAUCAACCUCAAACCCCAUCACCCCGGGACACCACCAUCCUCCCCAACCCUCUCCAUCAACCUCAAACCCCAUCACCCCUGGCCACCACCAUCAUCUCCAACCCCUCUCCAUCAACCUCAAACCCCAUCAACCCUGGCCACCACCAUCAUCUCCAACCCCUCUCCGUCAACCUCAAACCCCAUCACCCCGGGCCACCACCAUUCUCCCCAACCCCAACCCUCUCCAUCAACCUCAAACCCCAUCACCCGAGGACACCACCAUCAUCCCCAACCCUCUCCAUCAACCUCAAACCCCAACACCCCGGGACACCACCAUCCUCCCCAACCCCUCUCCAUCAACCUCAAACCCCAUCACCCCGGGACACCACCAUCCUCCCCAACCCUCUCCAUCAACCUCAAACCCCAUCACCCCUGGCCAACACCAUCAUCUCCAACCCCAACCCUCUCCAUCAACCUCAAACCCCAUCACCCCGGGCCACCACCAUCCUCCCCAACCCUCUCCAUCAACCUCAAACCCCAUCACCCCGGGCCACCACCAUCCUCCCCAACCCUCUCCAUCAACCUGAAACCCCAUCACCCCGGGACACCACCAUCAUCCCCAACCCUCUCCACGUCAACCUCAAACCCCAUCACCCCGGGCCACCACCAUCCUCCCCAACCCUCUCCAUCAACCUGAAACCCCAUCACCCCGGGACACCACCAUCCUCCCCAACCCUCUCCACGUCAACCUCCAUUCAGGCCAAUUCGUCCAUCAUCCCCAGGUAG